UUGCCUCAAUUAAAUGUCCUUUGGUCCAGUUCUUCGGAUCGGUGUUUCCUUGGUUAUUUUCUUUGUCACCCAAUUUCGACGACCGGAAAAGCAGCAAAACGAAGCCCUGUUCGAUGCCGGUAAUUCGUUCCGAGUAGAAAUAAUAUGCUUUAUAAAAGUUCGCGUCCCGGGUACAGAAAGUGGAUAAAGAAAACAGCCGUCUUUCUGAUAGCUGCCGAAACAAUUGCGUUUGCUGUCUCUUACUUAGGUUGGCACCGUCUUAACACAAGCAGAGAUUUCAGACAUUACGUAAGGGACAACUACCCUUUAAUUCUGGAAAGUUACUACCAGGUGGGCGAAUACAUCGGCGGCGACGAAAAGAUUCGUAGGCACGACGAGCUGAUUUGGAAGCAGGAACAAGCAGCAGCCGGGAAUCCCGCUUCAUCGGGCAUCAGGGCCGCCAGCAGUAAGUAG